AUGCAAUGUUACUUUUUGAACGUAGAGAAAGACAAUUGCCUAAGAAUAUCCUUCAACCGCGCCCAGUGGACCUCUAUGAUGUUACCGAAAAGCUUCUUUGGAUCUUUAUUCCUUGCGGUAACAACUGUUUCAACCUUCGCAAUGUCAACAGCCCGUUACACAGUACCAAUUCACGAAUCGAUCCAAAUUUUGGAGACUCGUCAACAACUGAAUGAUAUGGCGAGGCAAUACCCACUCGGAACUAUGGACGACAGGAAUGGAGGCUAUUAUCUCUUAGACUAUGAUGAUACCGUUCUAGCUAUCGCAUCUGAUCCCCUAUGUGAAGAACUGGAUGCUGCAAUCGAGGCAGCAGAACGGUACCGCAGCGCCCAUUCCGAAAUCGACGAUGAAAGCGAAUUCGCUACACCUACCUCAAAGUGA